CGUUUCCCCGCAGCCAUGGUGGCCAGGCCGCUGCAGGAGCUGCAGGAGCUGGAGGAGCUGAGCGCCGAGCUGGGCAAGCUGAUGCUGUCGGAGCGCGCCGCCGCCCUCCUGCGGCAGGGCCUGGAACUGCAGGCGAGGGGCGACAGCGGGGUCCUGGCGGCGCAGGCCGGGGCCACCCGCAUGGACACAGAGCUGCGGGCAGCCGAGCAGGCGGUGGCGCAGGCGCUGCUUGGGCGCGAGGCCGCGGUGCAGAGGGGGCGGCAGCGGCUGCGGGAGCUGCAGGAGGAGCUGCGGAGGCAGCGGGAGGCGCUCGACGGCAUCAGGGACGGCAACGGUGCCCUGAGCCGGGAGCUGCGGGAGCUGCGGGGCCGGAGGCGGGAGCGGGAGGAGGAGGAGGAGAAGGAGGAGGAGGGGCUCCGGUGCACGCAGUACCUCCUCCACCUCUACCACAAGCUCAGCCGCAUCUCCUGGGACAGCGAGGCCAAGCCCUGGCACGUUAAAGGCAUUCACUUCGGCCCUGCCAUUGCCCAGCCCCUGGACCUCGAUGGGCGGCUCCACUCCCACUGCUUCAUCACUGACUACCUCUGGAGCCUGGUCCCCAGCCAGUGGUGA